GUAUUUAGGAUGUUUAUCUCAAAAUGAAACAGAGGCUCGCGUAUUAUAUUUUUAUACUAAAAUCGAACUUUUCGUAACUACGGUUGACAACAAUAAAUUUCAAUUAUUUGUAACAUGUGAUUUAAUGAUUUGAGAUGGAGCGUGAAAUAAUCGUGUUUCUAUUUAUCACUAAGUAUUUCGAUCUUGAAUGAUAAAUUUUUGAAGCUUAUCUUUUCCAGUCAGUACUUUAUGUGUUGUGGUGUGCAUCAGCGGACAGGUUUUGAAAAAGAUAAUGAAAAUGUUCAACUCAAACAAACUGUGCACAGUGAGAAUUCUUUUGGUGACGACAGUGCUGUUACUAGUGAUUUUCAUUGGAGUUUUGGUGCUCAGUUUUGUUGGGAUGCCUUUAAUCGUCGACGACAAGAUCGCUCAUUUAUUACGUUUGGAAAAUAACACAGAACAAUGGGAUAGAUUUAAGGAAUUGCCAGUUCCUUUAAAGCUGAAGAUAUUCAUGUUCAAUGUGACCAACGCUGAAGACGUAUUAAAUGGAGCCAAACCGAUCCUUCAAGAAGUAGGACCAUAUAUUUAUCAUGAGAAAAUUACAAGAAACAUCUUGUCUGCAAAUGCUGCCGAUGAUACUAUCACGUACCAGCAAAAAAUUCAGAUGACUUUUAAUGAAACUGAGUCAGGAGAUCACAAGGAAUCAGACUUAGUGACUAUAGUGAAUCCAGUUUUAUUGGUUUUAUCUCAAACUACAAACAUUCUAGAAAGAUUCGUUGUCGAAGGUUGCCUCGACAGGGUGAUGCCAGAGAAGUAUAAUAAACUAUUCGUAACAGUUGAUAUGAAGACAGCAAUGUUAGAAGGAAUUGAGUUUGCCCAAAUAUCAGAUAAGAUAGGACCCGCAUGUAAUAUCGUUCGUACGAAAAUUCUUGAGAAAACGAAGCCUAUGAGGAAUGUGCAAAGGAUAACCAGCCCGAGCGAUCCUAACACUGUUACAUCACUGAGAUUUUCCUUUCUUCAAUAUUUUGCUAUUUUGUGUGAAUAUCUGGAAAGUUCAUAUUUUGUGUAUUUCAGAACUGUUCAAAUAAAAUACAAAGGACCUGGCAGUUACGGUGGAAUUGAUGGAUACCGCUUUGGAGUUGAUGAAACUACGUUGAAGCCAGCCACUGCCAGCGCAGACGACGAUUGCUAUUGUAUUCAACAGACAAAGGGUUUGAAAGGAGAGCCAACAUGUUGGUUGAACGGCGUCGUAGAUGUCUUUCCUUGUUUCGGUUCUCCAGUUUUGUUAUCGUUCCCACAUUUCCUAUAUGCUGAUAAGUCAUACCUCAAUGGCCUCGAGGGUGUCUCCAAACCCAACUCCUCGAUUCACGAACUAUAUUUGUUAGUUGAACCAGUGAGUAUUAUUUAUUUUACUGAUAUUAGUUUGCAGCAGAUAUUCAUCAUUGAAUAUAUCCGCACGGGUGCAAUACUGAUACCAAAUAUACAUAUAAACGCGUGUGAUCGCUGCUUAUCAUAAAGUGAUAUAAGGCGA